GUGCAGCCAUACUUGUUUUCAAGUACUGAAGACAUUAUCUGCAUGCAUGUUGUUCUGCGUGUGUUGUUCGUUUUAUCCAUUUAAGUGUCUUUGGCGUUGCCUACAAUGGAUUUGGACCUAUGUGGGAAAGCAACCAAGAAAAAAGUGGGAUGCCUUUUUAUUUGACUAUGACAGAUUUCAUUGCGUUUCUUCUUACAAUGAAGAUAAAAAGCUUCGAAAUAAAUUAAACACGGAAUUCAAUCUGGAGGUACUCGACAAAGAUAAGGAAAAGGACAAGUAUCUGCCUGAAAAGACAAUUGUCGUGACCUGCAAAGCAAAGACACGUGGGGCAGAGGACCUGUUUUCGGCCUUGGAAAACUUUCAAGAUGAAGAACUGGAUAGAGUAAUAUUCAUUUACCUGGUAUCUGAAGAGAGCCAAACACUCAGCACUUAUGUGUUGGAAAAUGGCGGCAGAUAUGAACGAGUUAAGGAAAUAUUCAACUAUAUAGUAGGAAAGGAGAAAUUUCGAUUACAUGUGCCAUUUCACGACGCACUGCAAGAUGUAUUUGAGAAGAAAGAAACAGAAUAUAAACGAUUAUUGCAAGAGAAGAAACGUUAUAUGGAUUUUUGAGAUUUUGCCGAAAAACAGUCCCAUACUAUUAAAAUAAUGAAAAUAAAAAAGAACUGCAAAA